AUGCAUAGUCUGUCUGAACUCUUUCUAAAAGCACGAGUUGUGGUUCAGAGAGCGCUGGAGUCCGAUGUUCUGAUGAAAGAGUGUCCGCAGCUGGGCGUAACCGCCACGCGGUACGACGCACCUGGACAGGCUGGAGGUGCACCUGCCGCGGCCCCAGCUGCUGUGGCUACCGCUGACGGCCUGGGUCCGACAAACGUGGUUCACGUUACGAUUUCAGAACGGGAACCUGAUCCCAGCUGCACAACACCAGGUCUAACGGGAACUCCCGACCAAAACGGAGACCGUCUAAGGCACGACGCUCGGGCGGAAGCGCAGGCCCCGGUCGUGGUGUGCUCUCGGGGUAUCACCUUGAACUUGGUGCUUGCUGCGCUGGAGGCACAGGAAAAGCCCCCCCUGAGCUUCGCCCUGGGGGUGCUCGGCUGGGACUUGCAGCAGACCCCUGACUUUGGAGACAAACCCAACGAGCUUGUGGACCUGCAACUCGUGUUAGCGGGUCGUCGCUGUCUCGCUGAACAGUGCGCGAAGCUGUUGCGCGGGGCUGGACUCGUUGCCGAACACACCAACGGGGAUGUAUGUCAAGUUGCCAGCAUGCUGGAGUUGCGCAUCGAUCUUCCGCUAGGUAGCCUGCGUUUUACCGAUGGACCGGUCAUGGACUGGGAAGCAUGGUGCGGGGCGCUGCCUCUGGACCGGUGUUUCCGAUGGCAGUCAUCGCAAACGGCUCUGCAAAGCGCGGCAACUGCUGCGAGGGAGUCGAGUCGGUCUGAUCAGCAGUUGGAGCAGAGCGAGACGAGUCCGAAGGCUCCGUUGUCGCCACAGCGUUCCGCAGACGGACGCCAAGCGAAACGUGGACUCGAUGAGACGCACGUCUUCCCUAUGACCGAUACCGCUGCACUAGCACCUGAAAAGCAGCAGCGAUCAGCGCGUCGAUAUCGUUCCUCGCAGGGAGCCGCAAGUUCGCCACAUAAAUCGGCGCCGAAACAAGCUGUUGAGACCUUGCGGAAACGCGGUCGCUCGAGAGCAUCACCGGUCGCAGCAGCGGAUCCUAACCACGACGAAAGCACCCGAUCCGCACAUCAGUCAGAAGUUCCUGAACUCGUCCACAAGGCAUUCCCGUCAAGCGAUGAACAUGCAUCCUGGCGAGAAACAGCCCGAGUCUGGCUCAACGAGCUCCUGCAUGACCCUACCUGGGAGCCGUUCUGGGCACCUGUAUCCAAAGAGGAGGUACCUGAUUAUUACGAAUAUAUUCGGAAACCCAUGGAUUUAACGACUAUGAGGCAACGACUCGAAAGCGGACAAUAUCCAUCUUUGGAAAAGUUUAUGGAAGAUGCGAAUCUAGUCUGGCGCAACGCAGUCUCUUACAACCGUCCGCGGAGCGCUGUUUGGCACACAGCGAAGCAGUUCAAAAAAGUUGUCGCAACACAGCUUGCGUCGAUGAAGGAGUCUGCUUUGACGCAGACGACUCGCAAAGCGCGUUCCGCACACUCGCUAAGAACACAUGCGGUGCAGCAGGGGCCACCCGGCUCAGGUGCCAGCGGAGGCAUUCAUCAUCAGAACAUGCCCCGCAAGUUUCGUGGCGAUCGACACCCAUCCACGGUAGAGGCGGAAGCGCCGGCUCUCAGCAGCAGCCCCGUUCAUGGUGAGAGACGCCCUAGGUCUGCUCGAAAAUCCUCCGCAACGCAAGCGGAUCCUGAGCCAGCUGCGCCCACGGGCACAACUGCUCGCCCGGAAGCAGGUACGCGGAAGCGUUCACCGGACACAUCUCGUACGGAGCGGCAUACGAUGGCGACGCGUCAGGAUCGGCGCCUUCGCAAGCGAUGA